AUGACCCAGACGAAUAGCCAGAUCGAACUCCUGGGCUCGCGUAUCUCGAGCCAAAUCAGAAGGUACAUGGACAAGGUUCAAGCCGGAGAGACGCCAACGGAGGAGAUGGCGACGAUAUCGUCCGCCUGCAGGGAGCUUGAUGCACUGGUGACUCCCCCAGAGAUGUGGACGAACCGGGUCGCAAUGGGUUACAACGGCAGUAUCGCGAUAUGCCUUCUCUUUGACUUGAAAAUAUUCCAAUUUCUUUCCGAGAGUGAUAGCGCCACGCCGUUGGAAACUCUAGUCAAACGGUCCGGGGCUUCGAAAUCACUACUCAGAUGUGUGUUGCGGGAGGUCGUGGCAGAGUUCAUUCUUGAUGAGCCAGCUCCUGAGACAUACCGACUGAACAGUAGGUCGGCUUUCCUGCUAGGCACGAGCGGGGGCGCCUGGGUCCAUCAUAUGUCCGAUGUUGGUCUCAUGACAGGGGCAUACUUGAGUCGAUACGUAGCGCAGAAUGGUGGGCAGAUCCCCGGCCAUAGGCACCAAACGGCCUUUCAGAUGGCGUACGGGACGGACCAGUCUUUCUACGCUUUCCUCCGCUCAUCGGACAAAAAACUGGGGGAGAGGUUCGACUGGGCGAUGCAAUGGCACACACGAUCGGCCGCAACGACUGUCGAAAGCAUCUUCGAUUUCAGUCAGCUAAAGUCUGAUGCCCUCGUAGUCGACGUCGGUGGAGGGAAAGGCCACCAUUCCAUUCGUAUUGCGCAGCAGCAUCCGCGUAUGUCGUUCAUUGUCCAGGACUACGGUGCCGAGCCUCCUACGGUUAGCACAGAUAUUGACCCGAAAAUCCUUGAGAGAGUCAAAUGGCAAGACCAUGAUUUUCGCACCGAGCAGCCAGUGAAAGAAGCAGACCUCUAUCUGGCGAGUUGCAUCAUGAUGGACCAUACUUCAGAAGACUGUUGCAUUAUCCUAGGAUAUCUCGCCGAGGCAAUGACCCCGAACAAGUCCAUCCUCUUGAUCGAUGAUGCCAUUGACGUGGGUAGUCAGGGUGGCCUGUCGAUGGCCAAUGCGAUGAAUAUGCACCUGCUGGCAUGCUUUGGGACAUUGUCGCGGACAAUGGAGGAAUGGCAUGCGCUAGUUGACCGUGUACCAGGCGGUCUUUCCAUUGUCGAUUCGUGGAUGUCGGAUCCAGGCCGGGUGACGUUUGCUUUGAAGAGGGGGGAAUAA